AAUUUCCGCCUACAAAUACCCCUAUCUUUCUCUCAAUUUCCUUCAUCACUCUCUCUCUCUAGAAUUUUACAGUCUCGUCUUCACCGGAGCUGAAUCAAAUCACAGUACAGAGCAGUUUUCCGGCGACUAUGGGUCUGAAAUCGUUCAUCGAAGUGCACCCGGACUCUCACUUCCCAAUCCAGAACCUUCCCUUCGGCGUCUUCAAACCCGAACCGGCUUCCGAUCCUAGACUGGGCGUGGCCAUCGGUGACCACGUCUUGGACCUCGCGGCGAUCUCUUCGGCCGGCCUGUUUGACGGUCCGGUCCUCAAGAGCUCCGAUUGCUUCAUUCAGCCUAAUCUCAACAAGUUCCUGGGUCUGGGACGCCCUGCAUGGAAGGAAGCUCGUGCAACAAUUCAAAAGCUGCUGUCAUCUACUGAACCAGCAUUACGUGACAAUGCAAGUUUGAGGCAGAAAGCACUUGUGCCUAUGGACAAGGUAGAAAUGCUGGUUCCUAUUGCAAUAGGAGACUACACAGACUUCUUUUCAUCCAUGCAUCAUGCAAAGAAUUGUGGGACCAUAUUCCGUGGACCAGAGAAUCCAAUUCCAGCAAAUUGGUUCCAUCUUCCUAUUGCAUAUCAUGGAAGAGCAUCAUCUAUUGUUAUUUCUGGCACUGACAUUGUUAGACCAAGAGGUCAAGGUCAUCCAGCUGGCAAUUCACCUCCAUAUUUUGGACCUUCACGGAAGCUGGACUUUGAGCUAGAAAUGGCUGCUGUAGUUGGUCCUGGAAAUGAACUAGGAAAGCCUAUAGAUGUAAAUGAGGCUGCAGAUCAUAUCUUUGGUGUUGUGUUGAUGAAUGAUUGGAGUGCUAGAGAUAUUCAGGCAUGGGAAUAUGUGCCUCUUGGGCCUUUUCUUGGAAAGAGUUUUGGUACAACAGUAUCCCCUUGGAUUGUGACCUUAGAUGCUCUUGAACCCUUUGUUUGUGAUGCUCCCAAACAGAACCCUCCUCCGUUGCCAUAUCUUGCUGAAAAGCUAUCCAAGAACUAUGACAUUUCUUUGGAGGUUCGGAUUAAACCUGCUGGAGAAGAACAUGGACAUGUUGUCACAAAGAGUAACUUCAAGCACUUAUAUUGGACGUUGACUCAACAACUUGCACAUCAUACUAUCAACGGUUGCAAUUUGAGGCCCGGUGAUCUCCUUGGGACUGGAACAAUCAGUGGCCCUGAACAAGAAUCUUAUGGAUGCUUGCUGGAGUUGACAUGGAAUGGACAAAAUCAGCUUUCUUUAGGGGGAACAAAUCGUAAAUUUCUAGAAGACGGAGAUGAAGUCAUUUUUACUGGUUGUAGCAAGGGGAAUGGUUACAAUGUCGGGUUUGGGACAUGCUCCGGGAAGAUUCUUCCAUCACCACUUUGAAAAAAAAAAAAAAAAAAAGAUCUUUUUGAUUCAAGCGGGUGUCAGUGCGUUGCGACCUCAAUGAUUUGUUAGUGUGUUUUUCAGAAGAUGGCUUAGGAAGUGUGCAGCUUCAACUGUAGUUUUUGCGGUGUUUGUAAUGUUAAAUCAUUUGGAACUCUCCAUUUGGGAAAAUAAAGAAUUAGAACCAUGUUGGACUGUAUUAUCCCAUGUUUGAGGAACCUGUUUCCUGAAUCAUGUAUGAUGAACUUCCAAGGUAUGCUGUGAAAUUUUUUCUCCUCUUAUCCAGCAAGGAGAGAAACUACAAUCUUCUCUCAUUUUCUUA